UAAAAGGGGUCUAGCGAAAAAUCUCCAAAAAUUGUAAAUGGAAAUAAAGUAGAAAAAAUCUGCUUACAGAGAGAUAGAAGACGGAACUAGGAAAAAAAGGAAGACCAAAUACCUUUCGAAAAAAGGAGCACUCAUUUUUGCUAGGAACACAAAUUGAACAAAUUGAGUAAGAAAGUUGAUUGGGAAAAUUUUGCCAAUGGCCAUGUGUGAUAUUUGUUCAGAUUUUCAACAACUGCUAGAGUCGUAUGAAAUACGGAUUAAUGACGCAAAACAUGCAAUUCUUUACAAGAACGAGAUCGAAACUGCUUUUGGUUACAUACAAGCCUGGCCACAGAGACAGUGCAUGUGCCUAUAUAGGGAUGUAAAAAAUUUUGAGCGGUUUAAUCUGGUGGUGCAGUCCAUGAUAUAUUUAGCAGUUCAUCAUCUUAAGCACGUUGAUAAACUCAUUGAGGAUUACAAGCGAUUAACAGCCAAUGCUCAAUCUGCACCUAAUGCCGCAAAUAAUGAAAAAUUCAAAGAUAAAGAUGAGAAUAUAAAGAAAAUCUCGAAUAACGGCGCCAAAGAAAAGCAGGACGUUAGAGAAGGCUUGGCUAAGAAUGUCGCAGAAAGAAAGGAUAUUAAAGAAAAACUACAGCCAAUAGAAACUUCGACAAAUGAUGAAUCUAUGUCCGCUUCAUCAAAUUCAUCGUCGUCGUCGUCAUCAUCGGGUUCAUCCAUACAAAGCUUGAGUGCUCAGCAUACUGAGGAAACUUGGAUAUUACCUGAGGUGGAAAAACUAUUUCUUCUGGUGUCUAAAAUAUUCCUGCUGAAUUUUCCUCUAUAUAUUGCUUAUAAGCAUGGUACACAUGCAAGAUUGGAUGAUAUUUCAGCCGAGGAAGCUCAACAUUUGGCCAUCUUUUGUGAUCUCCAUGACAACGAAAUUCCCGUGUACUUGUUACGCAAUAUUUGUUUAUUUUGCAAUUCAGGCGGUUUUGCAGCAAUGAUGCUGAGUUUUGAACAUCCCGAUUUGCCAGUUACAACGGCUCAUGCCAUAACUGCUACAGUUUCGAAUAUAAAAUUGUGGUUAAACUAUGGUUGCAUUGUGCAAUUAUUCGUGCCGUUACGUAGUCGAGUUUUGCAAUAUAUGUGCAAAUUAUCGGAUCAAAAUUUAAGAACAGCAGCUACCCGCGCAAUGGCUGAUUUCGUAUGGUCAGCCGUUAGGGAUCCGUUGGAUGCCUCUGUAAGUUUCGACGUGGAAGGUUUGGCUUUAGCUUUCAAGUAUUUUACAUCAACCACUUUGACAAUGCGUUUAGCAGGUAUCGCUCAAAUCAAUGCUCAUAUAAAUAUAUUUGGUGAAAUUGAAUCAGUUGGCGAAGUAGAAAUAGUCGCCCAGAAGAUAGCGACUUGGUUAACAGAAAAUCAAAUUAUUCAACAUCUUUUUGGACCCAACUUGCACGUAGAAGUUCUGAAACAGGCUCAUAUUGUUUUAAAUUUUUUAGCAGUGGAAAAUCAAAUCACUGAAGAGCAUAUCAAGCUUAUUUGGCAAGCCACACAGCAGUUAAAGCAUUGUUCGAAAACAAUAUUCGAUAUACUGCCAUCAUUAGUUAAGAAUUUAGCUCCCAAACCGGCAAUGUAUUUGUACACUUUACUCUGUCGCAUGGACCCCAAAGAACACACCGAACAAAGUAUUUAUAUCGCUUCAGCUUUAACUAAGCUAAUUUGGUCCAGAGAUAAAUCGCGAUCACAGAUGAGCCUGGAGGACGAGCUAUUAGUGGCUAAUGCAACUGCAACCAGUUCCGAUUGCGGUAGUAUGGAUGGCAGUAAUUCGGAUGAGGGUAAUUGCGACGACAGCAGUUUGGCUAGUGCUCGGAAAAGUCCCGUAGACAUAGAGAAUAUAUGUUCUUCGGAUACGGGGGCGCCACCUUGUAAACAGGCUAGACGUAGACGUCACGUAUGUGAUGUCACAGAAGAAAAAACAAAAGAAAUUAACGAAGAAGAUAUAAACAUGAUAAAUACUAAAGUAGAUAUGAAAAUGAAAAAUCAUCGCAUUGUUAAUAUAAUCGAUAAUUCGAGUAGUGAAGAUGACCUGCAACAAGAUUCAAUUAACAUUCAAAUGCAUCGAAAAAAAUCACGUAAACGACGCAAAAAUAAUAGCAUUCCCUUGACGCGUUUGGCCUAUCAUAUAGUGGAAGCAAUCUGCGAUGGCGGUGAAGAUGAGGCUUCUAGCGAUGACGCUGAAGAUGGUGAGGGCGAAAUUCUCAACGACAGCGAUGAUUGCAGUGAUCCGGGCCAGGUACCCAGUGCCGUUUUAAAACAUUUACAAGGAGAAGGCCCUUACAUCAGAGCUAUAGCUGAAACACAUAUCAGUGAAUUAUUGAGUGGUGCGGAAAAUGAUGGAAGCUACUCGUCACCGAUAAGCAAUAAAUCGGAAAAGAAUAUGGCUGAUUUUGAUGAUGAGGAUGUAUCGCCUUGCGAAGAGGAAUUGGCACAGUUAGUAAGUUCGCAUGCACCGCGAGUGGCACAUGUUGGCAUGCCACCAGCUUUUGCUGCUGCGGCGGCAGCUAUGGCAGCGGCUCACACCGCUAUGUCUAUGCAAAAGACGGAGGCAAAUGUUGCAGCUGCAGCAGCUGCCGUAGCAGCAGCAGCGGUAGCUACAGGCAAUGCACAACAAUCACUAUUAGCUAUGCAACAGCAAGCAAAUGCUGCGGCUGCUAUGGCAAAAGCGGUCACAGCAGCAACGGUUAGUAAACAGCUCGGUAACGAAGUCGAUGCAGAUUUGAAUGCUUCUACCAGCGGAGCGAAGGAUAGCAAUAAGACUGGAAUAUCGAAUUCGCCGUUGCAACCCACAUUCAAAAUUAAUGACGUAUGCCAACCGGGAAAUACUUUAUUAUGGGACUUGUUGCAAGACGAUAAAAUUUCGCAGUUGGGCGAAUCUUUGGCGUUAGAAGCUGAGAAAGCCUUGGCUACGCUAUUGUGUUUUAGCAACGAUCGUCAGUUACGCACUAAAUUCAUUGAAGGAUGUCUACAUAAUUUGGCUAAUAAUAAAAGCGUUAUUGUGUCAUUGCGUUUGCUGCCAAAGCUGUUUGCAUCCUUUCAACAAUUCCGACCUUCGGAUACUCACCAGAUUACAAUGUGGGCGGAGAGGCAGCAUAAAAUGAUGUAUCAUUUCUUUAAUAAUAUCAAACACUAUACUAAACGUUACACGGACUUUAUUGCUAAUAAGGGAAAUGAACAGCAACAACAUCAGUUGUCUACUGACAUUUCUUUGUAUUCGCAUAAAACCCAAGUUUCUGUACGUUUGCACUUUUUGUCUUCCAUAUUCUCUUCGAUGGGUUCACCUAAAACAUUUCGGUUGAGUUUAGAACAAGUGGAUGCUUUAUGGGAGUGGUUGGCUCAUGAUCCCGAAUGUGCCGACUGUUAUUUUUCUUGGUUACAAAGUCAAGCUAAGGGCGGUGAUCAGCAUGCCCUCGGUUUGGAAGCUUUACAGCAUCUCUAUUUGAAGAAGCUGCCCGAAUUAAGGCCCGAGGAAUUUUCAAUGGUGGCUUUGGGCCUCUUCCAGCAGCUUUGCAGUUUGGCACGCAUGGCCAUAGCUCAUUACGAGAAACAAACGGAUUCUUUGUCAACCAAUUCUUCAAAUAUUGUCGGCAUGUACCACUUGUGGAAAAUCGCUUUACGAGCACAUAACACUGAAGUGUCAUUAGCGGCUAUUCAAUAUAUUAAUAUGUAUUAUAUGGGUCAACAAUUGCGAUUCGAACGAGAAUUUGUCUCGCAAUGUAUGGAAAAUUUAGUACAAGCAGCCAAUGCUCUGGAGAGCAAUGAAGACGAGAAUGCUUUGAUGUGUGUUCAGCGUGGCUUGAUGUUACUAAAUACACAUUUGGAAACAUUUCGCCGUCGUUAUGCCUUUCACUUAAGACGGUGGGCUAUUGAAGGUCAAGGUAUUGGAUCUCAUAGCAACUUAAAGAAUGAAGGUGGUGGACCAUCGAUUCGUAUUAUACUACAGCCGAAUGGAUUAUCGGAGAAAUCCGUCUUACAUAUGCAUAAUUGCGAUCUGAUUGCGGAAUUAAAAGCUGAAAUUUCCAAAUGGUGGGAAAAUCUUCAAGGUUCAUCGACUUCGGGCGUAUCGGCUCCAGUAUUGGGUCUACUCUUAAGUGAAGGUCCUUUGCGUAUUAUAACGCAAGGUCAGGAAUUAAGUUCCGAAUAUGAUGAACGUACUCUAAUAGAUGCAGGCUUCAAAGAUAAUCAAAUUGUCUACGUGUCAUUAGGUGGUCGUGGUGCUCGACGAAAAGAAACUAAUGUCGAUCAUCCAUCAAUGCAACCACCUCCGCCGAAAGAACAUUUACCUACCGUUUUAUUAUUACAAUCUAAUUAUUUUGAGAAAUUGUUCCGUCUAAUGCAAACAUUAGGGGACAUGAAACCGCAACCAACCAAUUUGCAAUUGCAUACUAAGGCGCAAUUGCUCUCUCGCAGAGUAUGGGAUAUAUUGGCAAUUUUACCCACCAAUCCUAUGAUUUUGGAUGCCUUUAAAGGCUUUUCUAAUGACUUAGCUAGAAUUGAACAAUUAGCCACCGAACCUGAAGAACAGAUGAAUAAACGUAAGGAAAUCAAACAAAAGCUCUGUGAACUGUUGGAUCCCAGUAACCUGCAAAAAUUUAUGUACUCGAUGCACAUAGUCGAAAGCUUAGCUUUGAAUAGUGUCUUUCAGGGGCGCGGUGGUCCGUCUUGCUGCGGAGGAUCCAACGGUAAUAUACUGCCAAUAGAAGCGUAUACUCGUGGAACAACGAAAUCUGCCACAAGCGCUAAAAAGAAUGCAAACAAUGGUGGAAAAAAUCGACAAAUAAGCGAUCCGAGUGUUAGUGGUGCGAAAGAAGAUUUUAGGAGACUAAAUCAAACUAAUACGCCAGAAGAUCGCAAGGAGGGUGCGGAAUCUGAUAACCAAAAAGAUGGCAGCAUUGGUAAUUCUUCGAAUGAAACUGAGAAUAGAGAACAAGAAGAACUAGUUAACGAUAAGGAAAAUAAUCCAUUAAAAAACAACAAAUCCCAUAAUAAAAAAUUAGAAGCAAUACAAAUUUUUGGCAAUUCUCCGAUUGCCGUAGAUGUUCUGCGCCGAAUUGGUGAUAGCAAAUGGAGUGAAACUUUUAUUAAAUGCGGAGGUCUGAAGCAUUUAUACGAGAUUUUCGUAUCGGGACAAUUGCAGCAAAGCACAUAUCCCGGCGAAUUGCUUAACGAAUGGCGCCACGACUGUUUGGCCAGUUUACUACGAAUUCUUUGGCUGCUGGGAUUUGAGGAAAUACCUGCCGAAGACAUGCACGUAGCUAUUUCUCAACCUAAAAAUUUCAUGCUGGAAAUGAUGCAGGUUGAUCAAUGCUUGCAAAGAUUGUCGUCUAUACUUAAUGAUGAGGCUUAUGCCAAUUAUUUGGCAAAUACUUCGGCUUAUCAGUAUCAUCAUUUGCGUACCGGUUUCUGGGGUAGAGCUCAAGUUGUGCAAUUUGCUAUGAACAUAAUGGUGAGCUUUGUGCAUGCGUCUGCUGAAGCGCGUUGUUUGUUGUGGGCACAACCGGAAUAUUGCAAUUGGGUGCAAAAAUUCAUACUUGAAGAUCCCGAGCCCGCAGUCCGAAGAGAAAUAUGUGCCGGCUUAUAUCGCAUAUGUUUGGGAAAUGCUCAAAGUCAUCAGCUGUUAUUGGCCCCUUUACUAAGAAAAUUAAUAUCUUUUCUAUCAGUGGCAGAAAAAAUGACCUCGUAUGGUCACCAAAACCCGUAUGUGCUCGGCGAUGAUGGAAAAGAGCCGUAUGGACCCGCGUGUCGUGACUAUUUUUGGCUUUUGGCCCGAUUGGUUGAUACUUUAUCACCCGAUAUGGUCAAGUCUUCAUUAGAGUCUUCCUCUUGUAACGAAGAUGCUAUCGACAUAGAAAAACUCUGCCAAUCUGUUGCGCAGAGCAUUUUGACCCGAGAUUUUUAUGAGACUCGUUACGGCCUUCAGGAUGACGGUCUUGUCGGUUUAGUAAACCUUAUGUCGAAUUUGGUAAAAUAUGACCCUACUUUUAAGUUUAGCCACAACGCGUUACAGUUUAUUGAACAAAUAUUUGAGUUUCUAUUCGAUAUGCCUUCGCCAUCAAGUCGUCAAAAGCCGAAAUGUAAAUCAGCUACUUCGAGAGCUGCCGCGUAUGAUUUACUAGUAGAACUAUGUAAGAAUUGCCCGAAAAAUUACACAUUCUUGCAUGCGAAACUGUUAGCCCAGCAUACGCCAGGCCCAAAACCUCCAUACCCGUGGGAUUAUUGGCCACGAGACGAGGGACGGUCUGAAUGCGGUUACGUAGGGCUUACUAACUUGGGUGCUACUUGUUAUAUGGCCUCCUGCAUACAGCAUCUAUAUAUGAUGCCGCAGGCUCGUAGUGCCAUACUAAAAAUUCCUCCCACCAAAUCCCAAAAACAUGGCCCCACUUUAUUGGAAUUGCAGCGUAUGUUUGCUUACCUUUUAGAAUCUGAACGAAAAGCAUACAAUCCGCGUUCAUUUUGCCGCGUCUAUCAAAUGGAUCAUCAACCAUUGAAUACUGGUGAGCAGAAGGACAUGGCAGAGUUUUUCAUAGAUUUGGUUUCGAAAUUAGAAGAAAUGACACCGGAAUUGAAGGAUUUGGUUAAACGUUUAUUUUGCGGCACUCUAAGCAAUAAUGUUGUAUCUUUGGAUUGCGAUCAUGUCUCGCGUACUGCUGAGGAAUUCUAUACUGUUCGGUGUCAAGUAGCCGAUAUGCGUAAUUUGCAAGAAUCUUUGGAUGAAGUAACCGUUAAGGACACUUUGGAAGGUGAUAACAUGUACACGUGUUCACAAUGCGGAAAAAAAGUGCGUGCUGAGAAAAGAGCCUGCUUUAAGCGAUUACCACAAAUCUUAUGCUUCAAUACAAUGCGUUACACUUUCAAUAUGGUAACAAUGCUUAAGGAAAAAGUUAAUACGCACUUCUCGUUUCCUAUGCGAUUAAAUAUGUCCGAUUACGUUGAAAAAAGUUUAAUGCCUCACCAAUACAAAGAAGAUCGCGAAAAACGUAGGCUUGAACGUGAGAAGGCUAAAGAAAGUGGCGACAAAGCGGACUAUGCUGAAUUAGCCGAUGAAGACUUAGAAGAGUGUUUAGAAUAUGAACUGGUGGGCGUUACUGUUCAUACUGGAACUGCUGACGGUGGCCACUAUUAUAGCUUCAUUAAAGAACGUAAUAAAACGGUUUUACAACAUGACCGUUGGUUUUUAUUUAAUGAUGCUGAAGUUAAGCCGUUCGAUCCUUCGCAAAUUGCGGCUGAAUGUUUUGGCGGUGAAAUGACUAGUAAAACUUAUGACUCGGUGACUGAAAAGUAUUUGGAUUUCAGUUUUGAAAAAACCAAUUCGGCUUAUAUGCUAUUCUAUGAACGGCGUUUACCAGAUUACUUAAAAGAACGACACUCGGAACUCUUAUCUUCGCCAUAUGUUGCAAACAAAUCGAAAACACAAAAUCAUGUGAAAGCUGAAAAAGAAACUGCGAAAAUAGACGUCGACUUGGACGAUUUAAGUCUUAAGAUCUUGACUAGUAACUGUCAUAAGGCAAACAAUGACAAUGAAAUACCGACCACAUCAUCGGGAUCACCGUCACUAUCUUUAUCAUCAUCAGCUGCGAGCGGUGGUUCAAAUAAGGAAUUGAAAAUUGAUCAUUUAUUAAGACCACAAUUGAAUAAAGAGCUUGAAGAGUGGAUUUGGCAGGAUAAUCGGCAAUUCUUACAAGAUCGCAAUAUAUUUGAACACACUUAUUUCAAUUUCAUGUGGCAGAUAUGUGGGCAUAUCCCACAAACACUGAUAGCCCAACAAGACGUUACCUGUAUUGCAGCUAAGCUAUCUGUUUCAUUUUUUAUCGAAACUUUCAUUCACGCCAAAGAAAAGCCUACUAUGGUGCCCUGGGUGGAAUUGCUGACUAAGCAAUUUAAUGCCAGUCCAGAGGCUUGCGAAUGGUUCCUCAGUCAUAUGUCUCUUGAGCCUUGGUGGCCUGUUCAAGUCUUAAUACAAUGUCCAAAUCAAAUGGUUCGUCAAAUGUUUCAACGUUUGGUUAUUCAUGUUAUACAGAGACUAAGGUCAACACAUGCUCAUUUGUAUUUGGAAUCAGAAACAGAUGAGGAUGGUAAAGAGAUUAUCGGACAUACUUCGUGCGUUACCAGAUUCAUAAGUUCCUUAAUUCUAUUAAUGGAACAUGGAGCUAAAGCCCAUUUACGACAUCUAUCCGAGUUCUUUGGUUUACUAUUCGAAUUUUCACGGAUGGGUGAUGAGGAGACAUUGUUUUUAUUACGUAUCGGUGUUAUAAAAAGCGUAGCCGACUUUUAUUUAGGCAAUAAAACGCAAGACUGCCUUGACGUUGGCUCUGAUAAUGAUGACAAUUCUUCAGAUGAGGCUUUAUCGGUCGAUAAAAAUCGUCCAGCUUCGUUGGAUAAAAUGAUUGCGUUGGUCGCUAGCCUAGUGGAAAGAUCACGUGGCCAAGAUUUACGCUUGAAACUUUCUACCAAAGACUAUAAUGCUAUUGCGGCAGGCAAAGGUUUUCCAUUUUUAUAUCAACAAAUCAAAGACAACAUAAAUCCGCAUCAGACGAAGCAUUUGAUACAUGCAUUAUGCCGCUGGGAUGAACGUUUGGCAAAUCAAAUUAUAACUAUGCUAUUUGCAUCUGUAACUAAGCACACAGAAUUGUGCGGUCCUUUCUUUAAACUAUUAACUUUGUUAACCGAAACUCAGAGUGGAGUGUCGGGUUUACCUUGUUUCUCACAAUUGGUGCUACAACGUGUUUGGGAUGCUGCAGAAUACUGCCCUCAGUCUGCCCUCGAUUGGUUAGCCUUUCAGGCUCCCAAAAAUAAAAUCGCUCAUGCUUGGAUUUUACAAUCAGCCGACAAUUGGGUGGAACAAUAUUUAUUGGCGCACAACAAUGCCAGAGUUCGCAAUGCUGCCGCUUAUUUAUUGGUUUCUUUAGUACCUUCGCAAUCGUUUAGAGCUAAUUUCCGCACACAUUCGUUGCAUAAAUUAUCUUCUACAUCUUCACAUACUUAUCGCGAGUUAAGUAACGAUGCUCAAAUCAUUUUACAUAAUAUAAUUAAUUUGUUGUUAAGAUUGCUGCGUCCAGCACGUACCUACGCGGACAUAAGUGCGCACGGUACCACAAAGUUAACAUCAUAUUUUAGUCUUUUAGGCUAUUGCAUGGUGUCAAAGACUGAAAAGCUUAUGAUGGGACCUUAUAUGCGCUCACUAUGGGACUUAUUUCAUCCACGUCUCUCCGAACCGAGUGUCCCGGCCCAUCACAAUAAACACGCUUUAUUGGCCUUUUGGCAUCACACGAUCGUCGAUUGCCCAGAGAAUGCUUUAAUUGUGGCCAAUUCUUCGGAAAUAACUCGUAAUAUUGCAUUUAACUACAUACUGGCUGAUCAUGAUGAUUCGGAGAUAGUGGCAUAUAAUCGUGCCAUGUUGCCUGCCUAUUACGGUCUGUUACGUUUGUGCUGUGAACAGAGCCGUAGUUUGACUCGCCAAUUAGCUGCUCAUCAAAAUUUGCAAUGGGCUUUUAAGAAUAUCACUCCGCAUCCAACACAAUACGCAGCAGCUGUUGACGAGCUAUUCAAAUUGAUGACACUAUUCGCUACCCGCUAUCCCGAUGCCAGUGAUCAAGAUAAACAUGAGAUAACUGCCUUUCGUCGCACUACUUUGUCAGCUUACUUGACUGCUUUGGAUGCCCGCGUUUCGUGGGGUACUCUAAUUAAUGCUUUAAGAAUAUUAGUUGAUAACGAUGAGGAUCGUUUAUUGGUCAUUUAUAAUGGAGGCAUUGAAAUGUGUUUUGAAGCCCUACACACCCUACAUUCCAUGCAUCAUGAGGCUACCGCCUGUCAUGUUGCUGGCGAUCUACAGGAACUGCUUAGUGAAAUGGUUUUACUUUUGUCCACAUUGCGUUUAAGUGCGCGGCUAGAUAGUUCGACUAGCAAGAAACAACAGCAACAAUUAGAGCAACAAGCACAGCAAUUGCAACAACAACAUCAGCAGCUGCUACAAAAACAACAGGAGCAAUUAAAGCAUCAGCCACAGUCCCAGACGCAGCAACAGACGCAGCAAAAAGAAAAACAAUUACAACAGCAAAUGCAACAAAUACAAUUACAACAAAUGCAACAGCAAUUACAACAACAGCAUUUCCUCAGACAACAGCAUCAGCACACGGCUUUGCUGAAGGGUUUACCCGAUGCCGUCAAGCGUUUAGCUACUUUUCUGAACACAUAUAAUCCACCGGACAUAUGCAGACUGUCGUUGGAUGUGUUAAGAGAAUUAGUACGCAAUCCUAAUUUGGAAGUGAUUAGCAUAUUAGCGCCUAUACUGAUCAAUUGUCAUUUAUCAGUAGCGAGUGCUCCUGCUGUUAACGCUAUAGGACCACUUGGACCGUAUUUUCCACGGCGUGGUGGCAAAACUACUUGGCCAACAAUAGCAAAAAAUAUGCCACGUCCACCGCGACCCAUGGUACAGAUGAGCAUACCGCAUACCGAGCUAUUGCAUAAGGGUGCCGAUCUAGAAUACGAUGCACAAAUUGAAGCUUUCUAUAAACCGUACCAUGACUUUCUGGACGUAAUGAUGCGUAUGGCCGUUAAUACCAAUCAGCUGAACGAUACACUGGUCAAAUUGAGUUGCUUAGUUGCUAUAGAAGCAGCUCCAUUGCAUUUUAAUUUAUUUCCAAAAUUCUGGGUGGGCAUUUACAACAAUAAGAGCACCAACAAAUACGCCGAUUUGCUAAUCAAUAAUCAAUAUUUAGUCGAAUAUAUACACAUAAUAUUGCGCAACUGUAGAGUUUCGCUGAGCGAUCAGUAUAUUAGAGCUUUCUUGGAAAUUUAUUACCCGAAGAUCUCCUCACAUUUACCAAUAGCUCGUUUACUAUAUACAAUUAGCUAUUCAAUGCACUCAAAGGAAGAUCUUGAUGAUUUAUGCGGCGAUUUAUUUGCUAUACGGGUUAUUGCUCAGAGCACUGGUAUACCGACAUCAGUGCGGAAACAGCUAAGAGGCUCUUUAAAAGCGCUACUUCACAAAAGUGCCCGAUAUCAGGAAAUUGUUGAACAUGAAAUAUUUGCAAAUAAAAAAUCAAAAUUAGAUAGCAAUGAAUUUAAAGAAACAACGACCGUCGCUUCGCCAAAGGAUGACUUUAACACUCCGCAAACGCAAAAAAUCGUCGAAGUGAAACCCGAAGUUAAUGAUCAACUAAAAAAGAUUGCAGAUAAUGAAAAAUCUUCAGAAACUGUUGUUAGUGAAACAACAUCUAAAGAACAGCCGGAAAAUUCUACGGAGAAUCGAACACAAGUGAAAGAUAAUACGAAAGAAGAAACCGCCGAUGCUAAAAAGGAUUGUAAAAGAUAUAAAUUGGGUAUAUCAAGGAAGGAGGAGGAGGAGGAGCAGGAGCAGGAGCAGGAGCAAGAGAAUCAUGAAUUAGUUCAAAAGGAAACGGAGGUUGAUAAGAAAAAAACUAAUAAUUUAAAAGAGGCGAAACCCAAUGAAAAUACAAACGAUGAUAAAAGCAAUUGUAAAGAUGAGAAAUUAUCUUCAAUGCCAACAACAUCGGCAACUAGUUCAGCAAUGACAAUGCCAACUAUUGCUACGUCAAUAAAUCCGAAAAAUAGUAAUAAGAAAACAGCUGAAGAUCGUUUAUUGGCCGAACAUGAGAAACGCAUUAAACUAUUGUUAACAAUGGAGACUUAUAUAAAGAGUAUAUUGGCUUUAAUGCAAAAAGAUGAAAAUAUAUCGCCGAGCGCUGCACAACCAAUGGAGGAAUCAACAAUGGAAAGUGAACAGAAUACGACACCGGUACCAGAGAGUAGUGACGAAAGUGGUGGUAAUGCCUUCAAUGCUAAUUGUCCAACUGCGCCUGGCGCCGCGGCAGCAGCAGCGGCAGCAGCAGCAGCAGCAGCAGCAGCAGCAGCAGCAGUAGGUGCUGUAACAAUAAUUUCACCUAAAGACUCGGCACUGGCAGCGGAAAAAAAUGUCAGCUGUUCGGAGAGUAGUAAUAAAAAACUUUCUUUAACUGUAAACAACGACGAUAUUAAUUUGGCCUCAACGUCCACGGCUAAUAAUUCGCCGCAAAUUUAGUUAUCGUUUAAUGAUUUGUUAAAUAUUUUAUUUUUCGGUAAAACUCUAGAAUAGCGGUGCUAAGCACUAUCAUUUUCCUUCGCUUUCAGACACACCUUUUUUACACACCACUGAGAAAAACACAUACCUAUUAUAUUAAAGUCUUAAUGAUCUUGACUUAACUAUUUUAAUAGACAUUUAAAUCCCUUGCUUCUGUUCAUUACUUGCCAAAUCUUUUCUUUUUUACUCGUUUUUUUUUUUUUUUUUUUUUUCUUUUAAUUUAUAUUUUUUUUUUUUCUUUUUAAUUUAAUAAUCUUAAGCUAUAAAUGUUCUACUGUGUAAUGUUUUUCAAUAGUCUACCAUUCUCUUAAUAGUUUUCAUCUUUUUUUUUUUUUUUUAUUUUAUCAAUGUAGAAUAUAUUUUUCCCACUUCUUUAUUCUUUCUUUAUAUGGUUAGAAUUGUUCAUUCAAUUAUUAUAACUGAUUUCGCGUUAAAUUUCGGAUGAGUUUCGUUUCAAAUCGAAUUUUAUUGAAUCUAAACCUAAGUAAAGAUACAAAUUUUAAGAUUUAUUUUACGAUUUAUUUCGUUAUUCCUGCUCCUAUUCAUUUUUAUGAUAUUACCUAAUUUUUU